AUGAUCGUGACAAGGCUCCCGCCCGAGAUCCUCAUUACCAUUCUGGAGUAUUGCGUCGCGAACCACUACAACAAGAAGAAUGAUCUUUUGGAGCUACGGACAGUAUGUCGGCUGUUCGACGAGAUAUUAAAGCCAUAUGGCCUCCACACGCUCCAGGUCGAUUGCACGAGACUCAUGCGAUCGCCGCAGCUCUCAGCAGACCCGUCUGCAUUGGCGAGAGCUGGUCCUCAUUGCCGGGCUCUCUACCUGGACAUGAUGUUGAUACGAGACGAAGGCGAAGUUGAGUAUCUUGGCAAAUUGUUCAAAAAGAUACCCUCCAUGGAGUCUUUUGUUCAAGGCCUUUACGACCAGUAUUGCUUGAACGAGGAAUCUUUCACAGAGGCCGACUACCGCGACCAUCUAGGUACCAUGUUUGAACAGGCCAUGAACGUGGAGGCGGUGCGGUUGAAUCUUCCAUUUCAGCUCAUAUCUAAACAUGUUCAUGCCUCGACUAUGCUUCUAGGAAACACAUUUGAAGCUCUCGCAAGGAGACCAGAAGACUCGGCACCUCUCAAGACACUGGUCAUGGAGAAUCUGACAGACAUUGGAAUCGUCAGGCUAUGGAGAAACCCUCAAGACAUCAAAAAUAUCAUGGACUCGUUCGCCAGCCUUGAGCAUCUGCUCAUGUCCGUCCGGAGACAUGAAGGCGAAAGAUAUCACACGAUUGGAUUUCAACAGCGACUAUGGGAGAUGAUUGGCAAGGCUACCAUGCUCAAGAGCCUGUGUCUGAUUAGCUUGAACAUGGAUGAGUUGCCAUUCCAGCAGGUCAAGCGCACGUCACAGCGUGACUGUACACUGAGCGACUGGAAUUUCAGAUCUAUCCCUACCAUACGGAAACCACCCAAGUCUGUUCUACCAUAUCUCGCCUCGCUUGAACUUAGACGCGUUGAUAUUCAGCCCUGUGGCUUUCUAUCUCUGUUCAAAUGCUUUGGAAGUUCCCUCCAGGAGCUGAUUCUAAAUCACGUCUACCUCAAAACUAUCUACAACUCACACGAGCCCGAAGAUUUGGACAAAAAUUUGUGGAUCGGGUAUCCAAAUGUGCAUCCGCCAACGAAUCAUAGGUGGAUCGCUAUGACUAUUCGGGAAUUGAAUAUUAAACUGCGUGUCUGUCGAGUGACCAACAUUGGCUACGAUCAAUACCACGUCGGCUUGAGGCCCAACGUUUGGCCUGUAUACGAUCUACACGAUCCCAAUGGCCGUGGGAGGAGCCUAGAUCAACGGUUCGUGGAGGUGGCCAUGGGCAUGAAACAGUUCAAGGAUAGUCAGAGUGUUGAUACAGAGUAUUGGCCAGAGGAAGUGGAUUGUACUUGGGCAUAUGCCGACACGGAAAGACCAUCUCGUAUCCGAAGACGGGACUGGGAUGCAGUCGCAUAUCUCUCCGAUGUCAACAACAAUAACACCUCGUGCUGGCAAAAGACUAUUGACGGUUACUUUCCCAACUUUAACCAGCACACGGUCGAUGAGCUACAUCGCUUUGCUGAUACGGCAUGCGAAGGUAUGGAGGAAGUCAGUCGUCGCAACAACACAGAAAUUGACAUUGAGGCCAUGGUGGAAGAGAUGCUAGACGGGCAGGAAGGAGACGAAGCAGCGUUGCAGCCGCUGUUUGAUAACAGCGAUGAUUGA